GACAUGGUUUGCGUUUUCCUAUUUUUCCUUGCCCAUAUGAAAAAUGGCUGCCUGGUAAAUGACAUCAUUAUUAUGCGACACCUGGAGACAGCUGUCUGGAUUUGAAUCUCAUCAUCCAAUGGCUGGAUGUGAAGUGCGGCUUUGGAAGCGGGGGUUGAAGCCUGGCAGCAAGUUUUUAAAGAUGAUGACUGUCAAGCAGGACCUGCAAGACAUUGUCGUGAUGGCAGUGAUUGACUGGUGAUUCGCCACAGGUCUAGGGGGACAUUAAAGAUAAGUUCAUGCAGGUGGUGAUCCUAUUGCUUACAGAAACGAAUCCAAGUUAAAUAAAGUUGAAACACGAUGAUACAUUAUAUUACUCUAUAUCUUGGAAAUGAAUGUGUUCUGGCAUCUUAAAACAUUGUGCUGCAUAUACAGGAAUGGAUGGACUCACAGUAUACUGACAACGAUUUCAUUUUUUUUUUUUUUUCAAAAUGAAUUUGCAAUCAGAAAGUAUUUAGUAUGGAAAUCAUCCUUUUAGGAUGAUGGAAAGUGAUGGACUAAGGAUUCAGAGGCGUGUAAAGGUCCGGAAAAGGAGUUUAUCUUCAGGAAAUAGUCUCCUUACUCCAGCUAAAAAGAGGCCCGGUAGUAGUAGAGAAGAUGUGGCGAUAACAUCUCCUUGUCAUACUGUGGCUUAUUGUCACAAAGAAGAGAAAAACAUGUAUUCAAUCAAUCAGGACUUUGGCAGCGAUGAUGACAUGUUUGGGGAAUAUGACAGCUUUGCUGAAGAUCCAUCUUUGCUGGCACAGGUGGAAGAUUUGGAGGAAAAAUGUCAGCAGGAGACUGCAAGUACUUUCCCCUGCACUUCUGCAGAAAUCGAACUUGACCCAAUUGCUCAUACUUCAACACUAAAUACAAAAUUGAAAUUGUCAAGUGAACAGCCACUACCACAGCAAAUAAAGCAAAGGACGUUGCCACCAAAACUGAAAGAUGAAUCGAAAGAACUUGCAGAUGAUUUUUUAGAUGAUCUUCCUUGCUCACAGCUUCUUUAUUAUGAAAAUGCAUAUCAAAAUAUGGAUGCAGAAAGGUCUGCAAUGAAGCAAUCCAUAUAUGAUAGUGACUUGUAUAUGGAUGCUUUAGAUCACCUUAACAAAGGUGAUGCUGCAGACACAAAAAAAGCAUCCAUCUUACCCCAGAAGGAUCAAAAAAGGAAGAGUUUAAAGGACAGUCUUAAAAAUACAUUGGCUGGGAAUGCUAAAGUCCAAACUCCGCAUAUUUUGAGGACUAAGCAAAUGCAGGACACAAUUCUUUUAGAAGAACUUGAUGUUGCCAAAAAUACUGUAGAAAUGUCUUCCAGCAUAGACUUGGGACCUUUCUAUGGCUUGCCCAGUAAAGUUGCUGACCUCAUUGAGGAGCUCAGAGGAAUUAAAAAGCUUUAUGACUGGCAGAAUACAUGUCUGACUCUGGAUUCCCUAAAGCAGAGGAAGAACUUAAUUUAUUCAUUACCAACAAGUGGGGGCAAAACACUUGUUGCAGAGAUUGUAAUGCUGCAGGAGCUUCUGUGUAGAAAAAAAGAUGUUCUAAUGAUCUUGCCCUAUGUGUCUAUUGUUCAGGAAAAGGUGCGAGGCUUAUCUAGCUUUGGGGUGGCAUUGGAUUUUUUGAUAGAGGAGUAUGCUGGAAGCAAAGGAAGAUUUCCUCCAAUGAAAAGAAGAGCAAAAAAAUCUCUGUACAUUUCAACCAUAGAAAAGGGUCACAGUCUUGUGAAUUCGUUGAUUGAAACUGGGCGGAUUGAUGAUUUAGGCUUAGUUGUUGUUGAUGAGUUGCAUAUGUUGGGUGAGGGGAGCAGAGGUGCAAUUUUAGAAAUGACUCUGGCUAAAAUUCUCUAUACCAGUGGAAACACCCAAAUUAUUGGAAUGAGUGCGACCUUAAACAAUGUCGAUGAACUACAACAGUUCCUGAAGGCAGAAUAUUACACAGAUAACUUCAGACCUGUGGAACUGAAGGAAUAUGUUAAACUAAAAGAUUGCAUCUAUGAGGUUGACAUCAAGGCUGAAAAUAACUUGACUUUAUCACGUCCUCUUAACUACAAGUAUUCGAGCAAUAUGCUGAGACUAGAUCCCGAUCACAUUAUUGCCCUGGUGACCGAAGUCAUUCCUAAUAAUUCCUGUUUGGUCUUCUGCCCUACCAAAAAGAACUGUGAAAAUGUUGCUGAGAUGAUCUGUAAAUACCUUAACAAAACGUACUUAGAUUACAGAACACCUGAGAAGAAAAUCCUGCUUGAAAACCUGAGGAACACAGGCAAUGGAACAUUGUGCUCUGUGCUGAAGAAAACAGUCCCCUUUGGCAUUGCCUACCAUCACAGUGGACUGACCAGUGAUGAGAGGAAGUUGGUGGAAGAAGCCUAUUCAGCUGGAGUCCUCUGUCUCCUUGCAUGCACUUCCACUCUGGCAGCAGGAGUCAAUCUGCCAGCUAGAAGGGUUAUUUUACGGGCACCAUAUGUUGCUAAAGAUUUCCUGAAGCGGGCACAAUAUAAACAGAUGAUUGGCAGGGCAGGCCGAGCUGGAAUUGACAGUGCUGGGGAAAGCAUCCUUAUUAUACAGGACAAAGAUAAACAAAUGGUUCAGGAAUUGGUUAGCAAGCCACUAGAAAAAUGUUCUAGUAACCUCAUGCAUGAUGAUGGAAAAGGAUUUCAAAAUUUACUGCUUUCACUAGUUGGAAUAAAGAUUGCAAGAACAGCCGAGGAGAUCUACGGCUUUGCAUGUUAUACUUUGUUCAGUGUACAACAAAAACAUUUAUGUAAAGAUAAAUCACUGUGGGACAUAACAAAGGAAUCAUUAGAAGCACUUGAAAUCAAAGGCCUUAUAUGUGGCAAAAGCUGUCCCAAGUCAGAUCAGCUUGUGUUUGAGGUUACAAGACUAGGCCAAGCAACGUAUAAAGGUUCCAUUGAUUUAUCUUACAGUGAUGUGCUGUACAGUGAUCUCACAAAAGGACUAGAAGGCCUAGUACUAAAGAGCCACCUUCAUCUUCUGUACUUGGUGACACCAUACGAUAUGGUAGCACAGUGCAACCCUGACUGGAUGACUUACUUUAGACAGUUUAAUCUGCUUGAUCAAGUGGAUCAGAAAGUGGCUGGAAAUGUAGGAGUGCCAGAAAGUUUUCUUGCACGCAAGGUUUCAGGCCAAAGUGUAAAAAAGAAUGUAGACGAAAGAGCGGUGAAUCGUCUUUACUUGUCGUUCAUACUGUAUGCUUUGAUGAAAGAUUUGGACAUCUGGUGUGUGUCAGGAAAAUUUAACAUGCCUCGAGGGUUUAUUCAGAAUUUGCUGAAUUCAUCUGCCUCUUUCUCCUCUUGUGUUCUACAUUUCUGUGAGGAAUUGGAUGAAUUUUGGGCAUAUAAAGCCCUUCUUCUGGAGGUCACCAAAAAAUUGAGUUACUGUGUAAAAGCAGAACUUAUACCCCUAAUGGAAGUGGCUGGUGUUUUGGAGGCCCGGGCCAAACAACUUUAUAAUGCAGGUUAUACCACUCUGGCACAUCUGGCUAAUGCUGAUCCACAAGUGAUGGUUAAUAGCAUUGAACAUUUAUCAAAACGCCAGGCAAACCAGAUUAUUAGCUCAGCAAAGAUGUUACUGAAUGAAAAAGCUGAAGCUCUCCAAGAGGAGGUGGAAGAACUUCUUCGUCUACCUGCAGACCUCCCGUCGCUUAUUACAAAAAGUGAAAAUGUUCAGACGAUUGAAUAAAUUUACUGCUGAACAUAAUUUUAUAUUAUAUUGACUCAUUGACUAAAUGAAUUCAGACUGUAAUAAACCAAAUCUACUUUAUUUUUUUAAUUA